GGGUCUUUAAUGCCAUGGUGUAAUUAUGAAAAGUAGCUGCUUAAGUAAUCAGAAAAGAAAAAGGUAUUGUUAAAAAGCUCUAGAAUUGAGAGCUUGACAGAAAGAGAGAGAAGAGACAAAGCCAGGAGUCCUUGGGCUCUCCAGCUAGACCAAGGUUAACCAGCCCCCUUGGGCUUCCUUCGCAAUUCCACAGUGGAAACAAGUCAGAAGAAAGGUAUGCUUCUUUUGUCCUCCUGACCCUCCAUUUACUCAAAAGCAACGGGCUCGGGCUCGGCAAUCCCGGAACAAAACCCUCAUGGCGCUGGGUAACCUUCCAACCCUCAGAGCUCUAUGGGCCGCUAAGCCAGCGCACAAAAGCGGGCCCCGCCGCUCUUUUGUUCUUCCUGAGGCUGGGCGCCGCGUGGAGAGACAGCUGACACGCUCUGGAACGUCCCAGCUGCGCACCCUGGGCCUCCGAUGUUUAUUUAGCGGACUGCUGGCUCGGCUAGGUGCCUCCGGGACCCAGGCGUUCGCCCGCCCGCAGAGGAGCCAUGUACCGGCGCAGCUACGUCUUCCAAACCCGCAAGGAGCAGUACGAGCGCGCCGAGGAGGCGCCGCGCGCCGCAGAGCCGGACCGCCUGGCGGAGGCCCGGGCGGCCGCGCCGAGCCUGGCGGCGCUGCAGGGGCUCGGCGAGCGCGUGGCCGCUCACGUCCAGCGGGCCCGGGCGCUCGAGCAGCGCCAUGCCGUCCUCCGGAGGCAGCUGGACGCCUUCCAGCGCCUGGACGAGCUGGCAGGCCCCGAGGAUGCCCUGGCCCGCCACGUCGAGGGCAACCGCCAGCGCGCCCGGGACCUGGCAGCCGAGCGCACCCGGCUGGAGCGCCAGGGUGCAGAGGCGCAGCGCGCGCUCGACGAGUUCCGGAGCAAGUAUGAAAAUGAGUGUGAGUGUCAACUGCUGCUGAAGGAGAUGCUGGAACGACUCAACAAGGAGGCAGACGAAGCCCUGCUACGUAACCUGCGUCUUCAGAUUGAAGCCCAGUUUCUGCAGGAUGACAUCAGUGCAGCCAAGGACAGGUACAAAAAGAAUCUUCUGGAGAUUCAGACCUAUGUCACCAUCCUGCAGCAGAUCAUCCAGACCACCCCGCAGGCAGCCGCCAUAACGAGUGGGAUGCGGGAGGAGAAGCUCCUGACGGAACGGGAAGCCGCCGCCCUGCAGUGCCAGCUGGAGGACGGCAGGGAGAUGGUCUGCCUCCUGCAGGCCCAGAGAACCGAGCUGCAGGCCCAGACCGCGGCCCUGGAACAAGCCAUCAGAGACGCCCACGAGUGUUAUGAUGAUGAGAUUCAGCUCUAUAACGAGCAGAUCGACACCCUGCGGAAGGAGAUUGAAGAGGCAGAGAGGAGCCUGGAGAGAUCAUCCUAUGACUGCCGGCAGCUGGUGGUCGUCCAGCAGACCCUGAGGAAUGAGUUGGACCGGUAUCAUCGCAUCAUCGAGAAUGAAGGCAACAGGCUGAGCUCUGCCUUCAUCGAAACUCCAAUCACCCUGUACACUGCGAGCCACGGGGCCUCCCUCAGCCCUUGGCACGGUGGGAAAGAUCUCACCAGGGCUGUGCAGGAUAUAACUGCGGCAAAACCAAGACUCAAAGGCUUCCCCAAGAACCUUCCGAGGAAAAAGGAGAUGGUAGCGAAAGACAGAGCAGAUGAAAUUCUGGAAGAGACACCGCUGAGAGGUCCAGAGGACAUGAAGCCGGGGUGGGUGGUAAUCAAAGAAGAGGGCGAGUCUAAGCUUGAACCAGGAGAUGAAGAAGCAAGUCCCUCGACCCAGGAAGGGGCUCCGGAGGAUGUCCCAGAUGGAGGCAAGAUAAGCAAAGCCUUUGAGAAACUAGGCAAGAUGAUCAAGGAGAAGGUGAAAGGCCCCAAAGAACCCGAGCCCCCCACCGACCUGUACACCAAAGGGCGGUACGUGAUGGUCUCCGGAGAUGCCAGUUUCAUGGAUCCUGGCUUCUGUGUCUUCUCCGUCCCAGCCAAAGGGGGUGUGGUGGUGUCUAAGGGGGAUGACUCUGUGCCUCCUGACAGCGGCGUGCAACCCUCUCCCCCGCAGCCUGAGCCCCCUCUGGAGGAUGGACAGGGGCCCGCCCCGGAGAAAGAAGAUGGUCUGAAGGAGGAAGGGGGGCCCCCUGAGGGGAAAGGAGAGCCCCCUGAGGGGAAAGGAGACAGUGUGAAGGAAGAAGGGGGGCCCCCUGAGGGGAAAGGAGACGGUGUGAAGGAGGAAGGGGGGCCCCCUGAGGGGAAAGGAGACAGUGUGAAGGAGGAAGGGGAGCCCCCUGAGGGGAAAGGAGACGGUCUGAAGAAGGAAGGGGAGCCCCCUGAGGGGAAAGGAGAAGGUCUGAAGGAGGAAGAGGGGCCCCUGCAGGGGAAAGAAGAUGAACACCCCCCCACCCCGCACCCUGCAGACAAAGGGGAUGAGAAAAAUGCCAAAGAACUGAAGGGCCUUCAGGAGAAACAGGAUGACCAGAAGGAGGAGGGGGCCAGAGGGCCCUGUCCUAUGGUGGCGCCUGGUCCAGAGGGGCCAUCUACACCCUGGUCUCAAGGGCCUCAGGUCACUCUGGGUGGGUCCGAGGGGCAUGGGGCUUGGAGUGGCAGCCGGCCGGCGAGAAGCCCUCCCAGGAAACUGGCCUAUGAGAAGGUGGAGGUGAUGGAAUCCAUAGAGAAGUUUUCCACCGAGAGCAUCCAGACGUACGAAGAGACUGCUGUCAUUGUGGAGACCAUGAUUGAAAAGACGAAGGCAAACAAGAAGAAACUGGGAGAGAAGGGAUCCUCCAGUGCCUGAGCUAACCGGGAGGAGGUGCCUCUAGGCCCCUGUAGACACGUGCUUGGAUGUUUUAGAACAGAAGCUACAAGGGUGAGGAUACAAGGUUCUUUGGAUUAGAUCAUGGUUGGCCCAUCUGGCUUACCAGUGAAGCCUUAAUUAAAAUGUUUUCUUUGCUUGCA